CACCACCUCCUCUCUUCCAGGCAACAUAAGCUGCCAGCUGUCGCCAACUCUUCUUCCUUGACUUCACCAACCCUGCAAGGUAUCCCCUCGUUCUUAACGUGUUAUCUACACCCGCAGACUCCUUUCAUUCACCGCUGCGCAUCCCCGUAAACCAUUAAGCCCCGGAGCUCCACUGACCGAGUCGUUGCCCGCUCCGCAACACACCGACCGGACAGCUCAGCGAUCGACCUUCCGCGCAGCCAUGCUUCCUGCGCAUUGAAACGUGACUUAUUCGGAUACUCAAUUACUUCUUGCGACCAUAGUGGCUCCCAGCAUAUGCUCUCGUACCCCGUUCGCUGCGUGUCACCUCUACGCUGCCGCCGGUCGCAACCAUGUUGUUCUUCGGCAGCGGAGUCUCCAGCCCGCGCCGCCGCAGCCAAGAAAAGGCCAUCUUGUGCACCAUCCUGAUCGUCUACGCGCUAUACUUCCUCUUCUUCUCCAAAAGCUCCGAACAUGCACAUAUCGAUACCUCGGCCCACGAUGCGGUGUCGAAAGGCGGACCAUACCGCGAUUCGCGCUCCGGGCAAGCUGCACCGUCUGCAUCGGCCGCGCGACUCUCAAAAAUCCUUGACAGGGAGAUGGUGGUGGCUAGCAUGAAGACUGAUGAUGUUUCAUGGCUGUACCAGUAUUUCCCGGAGUGGCACAAGAGCGUCUAUGUGGUGGACGACAAAAAGGCGCAGUUGACGGUCAAGCUGAACAAGGGCCGGGAGUCCAUGGUCUAUCUAACAUACAUCAUUGACAAUUACGACAACCUUCCCGAUUCGAUCCUCUUUAUUCACCCUCAGAGAUACCAAUGGCAUAAUGACGAUCCUUAUUACGACGGGGUGCCGGUCCUCCGCAAUUUCCAGCUUCCCUACCUGCAGAAACAAGGCUAUGUUAAUUUACGCUGUGCCUGGAUCCUCGGAUGCCCGGCGGAGAUUCACCCGUACACCGAUUCGCACCGAGAUGACGUCCAUGUCGGAGAGUACUUCAAGAACGGAUUCAAGGAGCUCUUCCCCGGGGAGGAGGUUCCGGAAGAAGUGGGGGUCUCGUGCUGCGCGCAGUUUGCAGUCACAAGCUGGAAGAUCAGACAACGGCCCAAGAAGGACUAUGAACGAUUCAGGAAGUGGUUGACGGAGACAAAGCUCCCAGAUGAUCUCAGCGGACGUAUCAUGGAGUACUCUUGGCACAUGAUCUUUGGUAAAGGACCCGUCCACUGCCCGACGGCUGAAGAAUGCUACUGCAGGGUAUUCGGGCUGUGUAAUUUGGAUUGCCCGACUGAGGGAGAGUGCGCUGGCCGCUAUGUUCUCCCGCCGUAUUCCUCUCUGCCUGAAGGAUGGCCGUACAUCGGAUGGAAGGGCCAGAAACAAGACCCCAGCAAGGGGUUGCCUGAGACAUAGGCACUACGUAUAGUGUGAUUGUUAGGAGAAUCAUGCCAAGCAAUAUGCCUCGACCCGUGGUCAGCCCGAGUAUACACAUGUCUGUGUCGACUACAUUGAGCAACAGACCGGCCUGUCUCAUUGAGAUGGGCCAUCAAGCCCCGGUUGGGAGAGCGAUGGCACGGUGAUUUCUGCCGUCCGUUGUAUCAAUGGCCCUCGCUCCAUCUAUGGAUGGAGGAGGAUAAUACCCCAGAUGAUGCCAUCUUUGUACUUCUAUCACACCAUAAUCGGGAUUCGACUCUUUCUCAGCUCGCGCUGAAAGUGCCAGUAUUUGGGCUGAGCGAUGACCCGCGUUGGCUGAUGCGGCGGUGUGGUGAUGGUGAUGUGAUGAUGUCAAAUGUUCUCAUAUGAAUGAAAAGUACCCACUCUUAU